AAACAAGGAACAAAUUAAACGGGAAACAACUUCCAAAAAAAAACUUUUAGAAAAUUUGUGUUCGAUUUCUAAUUAAAACCCAAUUAAAUAUGGCAGAUAAAAAUUGAGAUAUUCUAAAAACAAAAUUAAGUAAUUAAGCAAUAUUUUAUAUAAAUAAAACGCAGCGCUUUUUAUAACAAAAAACAAAAACGUAAGCAUAUUAUUUGGUUUUAAGGAACGCUUUUAUUAGAAAUCGUUUUUCGUGUGACACACCCCUCGUUCGUAAUUAUAUGGCACCAAUGAAGAAAAGUUCGACAGCUACAACUACUAUGUCGCUGCCCACAAGUCCAUCGACAUUAUCAGCACAUAGUUUAACAGGCAGCAAGAUAAGUCUCAAUAGUAGUAAGUCGAGUAAGUCUUCUAUACCGCCAUCUAGAGGCAAGAAGGAUGAUUUUGAGAUUGAAACCAUACUGGAAAAAGCAAAGUUUUACACAUCAGUUUGUCUUGGUACAACGGCUAUUUUAUCUGUUUUCGCAUUUUUAUUCUUAAUUCCAUUUGUUGUCGAUCCUGCAAUAUCAACAAUUAUUGCAGACUACGAUCCAGUGCCUGUUACAUGUAUUGUGAUUGAUCAUGUCUAUGCAGAAGGUAUUAAAAAUUGUUCAUGGAGUUCAUGCAGAGAAGGCUGCACAUCAUCACUCACCAAGUGCCAUCAACUAUAUGUCAACUAUACAAGAAUACCAUUUAAUGAAUGGGAAAAAAAUCCGAAAGAUUUGGAUACAGUUGUUUGGGACGUUAGUUAUACUAAAUUUCUGAUCAAUUCUGAGGGUUGCGGUUAUCCGCCAACAACAAAUUGCAGUGUUUUCGCGAGACAGUAUGGUUUUACACAUAUUGGAGAACCAUUUCCAUGCUUUUAUAGUCGAGCCUAUCCAGAAGUGGUUAUAGGACGUUAUUCGUGGGAAAAUAAUUUAUAUCAUCUUGUAUUAUCAUUGAUAAUACCAAAUGUGCUGUUUGCAAUAUCAAUUGGUGUCUUAAGCUAUUGGUACUGUCCAUGUUGUGAUAAAGCAUGCAAUAAAUCUUCAAGAGUUUAUGCUGAAAAAUUUCCAACUAAGGAAGACAAGCUACUGUGUCACAGUGAUGAUGAUGACGAGAUGGAAUACUAGACUCUAGAACUAGAAACGAUUUAAGUUUAAGAUUUGAGUGCAAGUUGAAAAAUGAAAAACAUUUUACACAAACGCUCGUAGAAAAAAGUAGUUAUUUAACGAAUUUUUAACACAAACUAAAUUGCGAUUUAUUAUUUGAAGCUUUUUUUAAAUAAAUAAUUUAAGUAUAAACUUUUUUUUUUGGUUUUAUAUAAAAACUGCACUAAAGCAAUCGUAAGUUUACAAUAAUAGUGUGCACUACAAAACU